GAACCUGCGAACCCACGCAGAGUAAUUAGAGGUGCGGUGGCGAGCGUAUUUCUAACGCUUAGCCCGUUGAGCCACACCGCCGCGCCAAAAGUUGGGUUUUGUAUGUACUGUAUGUUUUCAUUCUGUCAUUGCAACUCUGAGUGAAGAUUCUUGAUGUUCAGAAAAUUCUGAAAUUAGCAUUUGAUGCUCACCAAAUUUUAUUGUUAAUCUGCUUAUAGUUUCUUACCGAGCUACUGUGAGCCUCCAUUUCUAGUUUAACUAAGAAUUCUCUCCCACAUAUAGACAUAUGCACAAAGAUGUUAGAUGUUUCCAGGUUUCCCUGUAAUACAGUCAACAGUAAUAUUGACUCUAAUAACAGAAGUGUCGGCCACAUGUCGUAUCUGAGCACUAUUCUGCUAGUGGAUAGGUUCUUGAAGAAACCCAGGGGCUCCGCGAGCUAUUCGUUUACUCAGUAAAAUAUUGAAUAUUUUUUAAAUACAAAGCAGCAAAUCAUUAAACAAAGUAAUUUUAGUUAUCUCUGGGACAAUAUUAAGUAAAUAACAAUGUCUGAAUGUGCUUUUUUGGGGGCUAGUCCACUAAACGCCAUCAAGUACCUCUAGUUGGCGUUGCAUAAUCAUUUUGGCAUAUGUCAUUUUUAACCCCCACUUCUGCACUUGGCUACGCCAUCCAAAAAUUACGUCCAAAACGCGCAGACGAUCACCCGAAAUCAAGCAAGCUAUUUCUCUAGUUUCCUCGUCGUAACGAUCCCGAUAUGAGAAAGAUCGAUGGCGUUAGCGAGUUCGUUACCGUCGGCGGAGAUGGCAUUUUGGGCAAUCGUAGCUUGGCGAGCUCUAUGAUGUGAUUGUGACGGAGUGAUGUAAUCUUUGGAUGACAUAGCCAGAUGGGGGUUAGGAAUGACCUAUGCAAAAAUGUUUGUGCCACGCCAACUGGAAGUGCUUACGGCGUUUAUUGAAAUGCGCCUUUUUUGUUUUCAUUUUUAUUAAUUUAUUGUGGGGCUUUGCAAUUAAUAGUCAACCUCUUUAUGGGCUCCGUAACACUUAAAGAUUGAUAACCCCUGUGCCAGUGAAUUCACAUACCGUAAAACCGGCUAACUUCUGAUGUAAUUUUUAAUCGUUUAUAUCUUCACUAAAUCAAGUCGUAUUUUGAUUCUGGCAGUUUAUAUAUGUCUCGUGCCACAUGUCACCUUGGGGCACUACCACACUGGUGGAUCCACAUAAUGACAUAUGGAACUUGGUCUUUUGCAACUCUUUAGUUUCAGAGUUUAGUUACCUAUUUCCAGAUUUCUGUAGGCCUAUUCACUUUCCUAAUGUUGGAGCCUUGAGCAAAUUCGCAUUAAAUUCUUAAUUUCAUCACAUUUCCAGGAAAAUUAUUCACAUGCUCUUGGAUUCUUCAAGGGCAAAACGUUAAUCAUUAAAAUUGACUUAAUGGAUUGAAAGAGCCUAUGAAGUAGAAAACUUCAUCAAAAAUUGCUGUUAUUUUCAUGAAAUGUUCUUGAAAAAUCACCAUGGCUCAGUCUAAAAACAUUAAGCGUUGGAUCGAUCGUAUUAACAGUUCAUCAAGUUCAGAUUCGGUUAUUGUUGAUGCUUUAUUGAAGAUUCGUCCUUUUUCUAAACGUCAAUCUGGAAUAAAUGAUAUUCUUUGCGAAGGAGGAAUUGAAUGUUUUCUCAAACUUAUUCAAAGACCGAACAAAAAAAUUCUCGAUGUUACAAUCAGUAUAUUGGCAAACUGUUUAACAGAAGAUAUUAUUAGAAAAAAGGUUUCUGAAUGCCAAGGAAUUCCAUCUAUUGUUAAGGUUCUUCAGACGAUAAAACAUCCGACAAUCAUUACCCGCACAUGUCGAUCUAUUGCAAAUCUUGCAAACAAUCUUGAAUGUUCCAAGACAAUUCAUGGGGUUGGAACUGCGGAACUGAUACUAAAACUUAUCAAAUACCCAACGACAACGGAAGACUGUGUGAGCAGUGCAUUGCGUGCCAUAAAAAAUCUUGCCAAUACAACAAGCCACAGGAAAAAAUUGAUACAAAAUAACGCUGUUCAUGUGUUGACGAAAUGUUUUAAUUCUGAUACGAAUGAAGUUGUCACUUCUGCUAUCCGUGCAUUAGCAGCCAUAAGCCAAUCUUGUACUAUAGAAUUUGCAGAUCAUAUGCUAAGUAAUGAUGGAGAAUCAAUAAGAAAACUUGUGCAUGUGGUUAAGGAGAGUAAAGAAGAUUCAGAAAAAGACAAAUCUGAGGCUUUGUCAAUCCUGAUAAAUCUGACAUUACAAGGAUGUGCUCGACCAAUGCUUGGAAAUUCUGGUGCUCUGGAAUGUAUUGUGGACGAAUUAAAAAAUAUAUUGGGGGAUUCAAUUAAUAUUUCUAGAAAAAUGCAAGGACCUUUACAGGAAAAUUCAUUUCGAAUUGUUGGGGCCUUAUGCUAUUGCUGUCGAGAGGCAAUAAAUAGGGCAAGGUUGAGGUCUAUGGAUGCUCUUUCUUUGUUUAUUCGAUUGUUAUCAGACAACCGAUGGAUCACUGUGCAUAAUUUCAUAUUAACAAGUCUUCUAUGCUUUGUAUAUGAUGAAGUUGGAUUAAAAAUCCUUCAUGAUAGUGGAAUAUUCAACAUAUUGUUAAGUAAAUUGAAAGAAUAUACGAUACAGGAACAGAGACUGUUUUCAGAAGAACAAAAUACAAGUUCAAAAGCUGUAAAAAUGAUUUGGGAUGGACACGGCGUUGAUGACAAUGAAAAGUUUGAUAGAAGACAUUCAUUAUCGUGUGAUGUUCCUACUAGAUUCAAUCAACGUCCCAAUGUACAAAAAGAAGAUAAAAAUACCAAUGAUAUUGAACUGACCUUCAGAACUUUGACGGAAUUUGAAUAUGAAUGGGUAACUUGAGAAAAAGUUUGUUGUCCCGAUAAUUGUGAUUGUAUUUCAAGUUUAUUACUUAUCGAUCUUGAGGUAUUUUUCUGUUUGUCUGUCUGUCUCUUAGAUGCACUCGAUAUCUC